CAGCUGUGUAUAUAGCACCCUCGCCCACUCCCCAUAGGUUCUGAUAGCGAGUUUGAGGGUAACAGACACAAUUGCCUUGCAUGACCUCGUGCGCUCCAUCCCACCUCGGAUGCUAUAUGGAUCAUACACCUCGACCGCAUCCGUUCUACCACGAAUCAAUCAUACCACAAAGGCGUCCAACUAACAAAGUUCACAGAAUGUACCGUAGCUAUGUGAUGAUAUUCAUUGUUCCUUUGAUGUACUUACAUUACAUAGCCUGUGGCUCAGGGAUCAAAGCACUAUAUAUUGCGUGUUGGCAGUAUUCUCUUCUUUCCAUCUUUCCAUCUAUUCGCACCUACUGUCUACUCUGAAUUAUCAUGUCUAGCAACAUCCCUACGCUCAAUUCUCGAGCAGCCGUCAUAGAUCUGUCUGAUUGUCUGGGCUCUCUAUACCACCUUCUCGACACUAUCAAUAACAUUAUGAAACUCAGUCACUUGGAUGAUUGUGAACUGCAACACUACGGGCACAAGAUAAUCACUCUGACGGACGUAAUUAUAAUUUCAAUUCUUGUAAACUCUUCAAUAAUGCUCUUGGUAAUUAAGGUCGUGUGCAUGACUCUCAGGUAUCAGAGAUUGGACCUGUCAUUGGGGCUGUUUGCUCUUUGUUCUAAGAAAUUUCCACCGUACAAGUCAGCGUACUUCAAAUUACUUGUUUGGAUCAGAUGGCGGAAGGCCGCAUUUCCUGCUGGCCUGAAUGAUCGAAUCAACGUGCUCUUGUUUACUAUCGGCCAUGGUUUUGUCGUACAACGCAAGGGAGUCAACCCUCAUGCCCAACUGGGAAUUGAAGAAUUACUAGUCCCCAGGAACACGAACCCACUAGAUUAUUGGAUAAUUACCAGCAACGCUACAGCGCCUGCUGCUGCUGCUGUCUCGUCGGAACCAAAAACAUCCACCAGCCCCUCCGAAAUACCUAACAAGCGAUGA